GACCCCGAGAUUCAUCCGGGGCGCCCCGGGAGCGAAGGCUGCGGGCCACCACCACUCCCCCUCUGCUCGCCUUUGCCCGGCGCUGGCGGUCCCUGCCGAAGGGACCAACAGCAGCCGGCAUCCAGGUCGCGAGCGCCGAGCCGGGGUGCGGAGGGGCGGCGGCGGAGUCGGGCUAGAGCGGGUGGGCCCGAGGCUGGCACCCCGAGGGCAGCGGCGAGGCCACACUGCCAAGAUGUGAAAGUAACGAAAGGACACAUAAAAUAAUAAAAAUGCUCUUGAGCCAGAAUGUGUCGGUGACUGGACCACUGAAUUUGUAUCCCGUGGUGCACAUCAGCCUCGUGUUUGGCAUUUCGUAUGUUGUGUCUGAUUUUUCAGAUGAACCUUGCACUUUAAAGAUGAGAUUCCGAAAUUUGCAGUCAAUCUUAUCAUGGGAAUUAAAAAACCAUUCAGUUGUACCAACUCACUAUACAUUAUGGUACACAAUCAUGAGUAAACCAGAAGACAUGAAGGUCGUCAAGGACUGCAUAAACAUCACAAGAUCGUUCUGUGACCUGACACGCGUGUGGGUAAACACGACGGACAUGUACAUCUCCCGAGUGGUUGGAUUCAGAGAGAAGGCAGAGCUGGUCAGUUGCAUGGGCUCCUUCUUCCUGGAGUCAGACAGGCCUUUGGACCCACCAGAGUUUGAGAUUGUUAGUUUUACAAACCACAUCAGUGUGAAUGUGAAAUUUCAAUCCGUCGAUCCCAGGAUACUAAGUGAAGAAGAAUUACAGUUUUACUUAGCAUUUAUCGAAGAGCAUGCAGGGAACAGUGUUAAGAGGUAUCAACCCCAAAUAACUGGAAACAUCACUGAAAAUUUCAAUUAUAUCAUCGACAAGUUAAUUCCAAACACAAACUACUGUGUAUCUGUUUAUUUUGAGCCUAAAGAUCCAAGAAAAAUUAACAGAUCUCCCUUAAAAUGUACUCUCUUUCAACCCAGACGAGAAUCAGAGUCAUCAGAAUCUGCUACAAUAGGAGGAAUAAUUAUUCUGUUUUUAAUAACUGCUAUCUUCAUAAGCACUGUAAUGAUACUGAAACGGAUUGGUUAUAUAUGCUUAAGAAAUGAUUUCCCCAAAGUUUUGAAUUUUCGUAAACUGUCAGUCUGGGUGUUUCCCGAGCUGCCUUCGUUGGAAAAAGUGGCUACCGUGGAGGUCAUUCACAUCAACAGAAAAAAGAAAGUGUGGAAUUAUAAUUAUGACGAUGAAAGUGAUGUUGAAAAUGAGGCAGCUCCCUGCGUAAAUUCAGGCGGUUACACCAAGCAUGGACUAACGGGCAGGUUGUGUCCAGCUUCCACCACUUCUGCCAGCUUGGAGGACUGCAGUGACCCCAGCGCCGAGGAGCCGUACCUGCCUGAGCCCAAGGGGAACGCUGAGACCCCCAUGGCACCAGGGCCCGGCCCCUGGCAGUCGGAAGGCACAAGUGGGGGCUACCAGACGAGAGGGACUCUGCAGCAGGACCCCACUUCCGAGGAGGACAGUGACUCCACGGAGAGAUCUGAGGGCAGAAUUGUCUUCAACGUGAAUCUGAACUCUGUGUGUGUGAGAGCCCUCGAGGACGACAAGGACUCAGAAGUCACUCUAAUGUCCCCGUCUCGUCCAGAAGAGACAGUCAUGCUGGAGGACCUCAACGAGACAGAAUCUAGCCUUUUGGUGGCCAGUGAAGAUAGGACACAGCCGCCCUUCACCAACCCCUCUAUGGAGUACCUGAGGCCCCAAGAUGCUCCUUCUGAUCAAAGUGACACUUCCGAGUCAGAUGUUGACAUGGGGGAUGGAUAUAUAGUAAGACAAGUGAAUCUAAAAAAAUUUAAUUACCUUGGACACACGCUGCCUCCAGGCCUCACCCCCCACCCCCAGGCACCUGCACUUGCUCCUUUGGGGUCUCCAAGUGUUCUCCCUGGGGAGGAGUAGGAGACUGGUGACAUCAUCUAUGCAGUGUCUCACUCUGGGGGAAGGGGAGGUGGGAAGCAGAGUAUUCUGAUAUUAUUCAGUGCGUUGUUUACCUGUUCAAGGCAAUUUGCCUUGAUGGGAAAAAUGCCCUGCCCGUUCCCUUUCCUCUCAUGGAUGUCUAAUGUUUCUGCAUCGUGCUUCCCAGAGUAAAGAACAAGGCUCCCUGUGGUUUCCAGGGGAUGUUCCAGGGCCCUAUAAGAUUUCUGGGGAAUUAUUAAAUCGGGUCAGUGUGGAGCAGGGAGAGAAAAGGAAGACAUUCAGCAGAGUUCAUAGCAGGGGCAGUCAGCAGUGGUUUUUUUUCCCCCCACAGGCUUGAGGAAAUACCAGAAAAGACACAGAAAAAGAGGAGGGAGGGCGGGCAGUUACAAAGCAAGGACAUGCACGAGGCAAGCACAUGCUCUGGGUUGGGACUGGAAGAAAGGAAGACCCAGCCAAGUCUGGGGCACCCCCGGACAGUAUUGUGUCGCCUACACCCUUGAGAGUUCAACUCUCAGCCCCUGGUCCAGCCCUCCUCAAUCUAGUGAGGAAGACAGACACACAUGUAAUGACUCUGGUGCCAGACGGGUGACUAACAGAGAAACAUUUGCAUGAGGGAGAGGGUCUGUGUCAUGUUUUAAGGUGUAAUUUUGUACAGUGGUUGGUAAAAAAUAAAGUUUAUACUUUUUAAUAUAAA